CCAUUUCCUGAGAAGAGAAAGGAGAAGGGAAAGAGAAAGAGGAAAUUGAAAAGCUGAUCAAUAUGGCUGCAGAGAAGAGUCGGAUUCUGAUCAUCGGCGGGACGGGCUACAUCGGAAAGUUCAUCGUAAAGGCGAGUGCGCAAGAAGGUCACCCCACCUUCGCCCUCGUCAGGGAGAGCACUGCGGCCGAUCCAGCCAAGGCCAAGAUCCUCGACGAAUUCAAGGCCCACGGCGUUACUCUCGUUCAUGGGGAUUUGUACGAUCACGAUAGCUUGGUGAAGGCGAUAAAGGACGUGGAUGUGGUUAUAUCAGCUGUUGGAUUUGGGCAGCUUGCUGACCAGACCAAGAUUAUUGCUGCCAUUAAAGAGGCGGGCAACAUCAAGAGGUUCCUUCCUUCUGAGUUUGGCAAUGAUGUUGACCGAACUAACGCUGUUGAUCCUGCUAAGUCAGCGUUCGGAAUAAAAUCCCAGAUUCGUCGAGCAAUUGAGGCAGAGAAAAUUCCUUACACUUAUGUGUCAUCCAACUUCUUUGCCGGGUAUUUCCUUCCUUCCUUGGCACAAGCGACCACUACGAGCCUUCCAACUGAUAAGGUCAUUAUCCUGGGCGAUGGCAACACUAAAGCGAUCUUCACUUAUGAAGAAGAUAUUGGCACAUUCACCGUUAAAUCUGUGGAUGACCCAAGAACCCUCAACAAGGUGUUGUAUUUGAGACCUUCUGGAAACAUCUACACGCAUAACGAACUAGUCUCACUUUGGGAGAAGAAGACUGGAAAGACAUUCGAAAGGGUCUAUAUUUCUGAAGAUGAAAUCCUCAAACAGAUCCAAGAAGCACCAGCGCCGCUGAAUGUUAUUCUGUCGAUACAUCACGCGACAUUUGUGAAGGGAGAUCAAACAAACUUUGAGAUACACCAGUCGUUUGGAGUGGAGGCUACAGAGCUUUACCCUGAUGUCAAGUAUACCUCUGUGGACGAAUACCUCAACCGAUUUCUGUAAAGUAACUAUUACGAGCGAGGGCAUGGACUGGCUUGUUUUCUUCCUGCUUGUAAGAGAUAUGCUUGUGUAUUGUACCUAUGGAAUUGUCUUAUGUUUUCGUUUGUUGGUCUAGCCAGGUCAUGAAGGCUCUUUCGUAGUACCUAAAGAAAAUGUCUUGUGAUUUCCUUCUUUGUCGAGUCAGGUCUUUAUGUACUUGUGUUUUUGUUUAAGUUGAUGGGUUCCUUUUGUUAACUCGACUAUGCUUUUUAAUUUAGUUGCUCAAUUUUAUA